GCUCGGUAAGAUGGCGCGCCACCACGCGCUGAUUUCGCGCCAGUCCAAUAUGGAGGACGGGACCGAAGUGGUGAUCACACCGAUUUCCCCGUUGACAGGGAUUUCUGAGCCGAUUCGGAGGCGGAGAUCGUCCGGCAGUGCAGACUUUACGAUGUCGAGGAGACCUCCAAGCAGUCGGCUGAGGCAAGUGUCCAUCGGACCUCAACUGGAUCGGUGGGAUGCGAUGAAAACUCGGCUCGGUGUGGACUCGCACGCGCAGCUUGCUGAAGUGCUGUUGGAUGGCAUGGAAGCCAUAGUGGACGGAGAUGUGGUGUGGGGCACUCAGUGCAGCAAUCCUACUCUCAAGAACAAACUAGCCAGCUUCUUCAAACGAAAAGGAAUCCCUGCUCUUGUGAUUCCAAGGCCUACAAGAUCAGCCUCGGUCUCCAAGCUCAGCACUGGCCGAAAGAAGUCACCGAUGAAGCUGAAGAUCACUCUCAAGAAGGUGGUCAAAGGUCGCAAGGGCCAUGAUCAGAACGGCCACGAGGAUGAGGAGGCAGACGAAGAUGAAGAUGAAGCAAGUGAUGAUGAUGACGGGGAUGUGGGGAUGCAAGAUAUUGCCAGAGACUCUGACUAUUCACCUCAUGAACCCAGCCGGCAUGGUUUGAAAAAAGCAUGGUUGGGACGUCACCUCAAAGGCAAGCACAAGACAAGGCAACAAAGAAAGAGGCAAGUCCCCAAGACGUACAAUGAAGAAGACUAUGACAUUGAUGAUGCUGAUGAUGAUGAAGAAGAUGUUGAAGAUGUUGCAGCUGAAGAAGAGGCGGAGCCAGAGGAAGCUAAGAAGGCGGGAAACAUUGAGACACCUGCAAAGAGAAAGAUGAGACACAAAGCUCGGAAGAAGCUCUUGAUUAAGAAGCUGAGGCAGGAGAAGAAAGAGAAGGCCAAAGCUUCCACGAAAACAAUUGAAGAACUGUUUGGACCAGAUGCUGUUCUUAAGAAGGUGUACUGUUGCCGUAAGUGCUCAAGCCAACUGGACUCUCCAGAUGUCAUGAAGAUUCACUGGCAAACGCAUCUUGCUGAAGAUGAUGGCAGCAAUGAAGGAUCCGGAGGUAAGGAGGAGGAUGCCACAUCAAGGAGCAAAGACGGAGAUAGUCAGGAGAUGGAGAGAGGAGGAGAGGAGGUGGAGGAUGAAGGAGACGGCGAUCAGGAAGUCCCAGCCGAUCUCAAAAACAUUGCCCGAGUCAUGACUCGCUGCCCCUUAUGCCAGAAACUCUUCUCAAAUAUCCUGGCCCACACUGCUUGCCACUCCAACUACCUGUGCGAGGAGUGCGGGAUGUUGUUUCGCCAGCGCCGCUCCCUCAAGCUCCACCACCGCGCCGUCCACGAGCUUGGCGAGACGGGCCAGUUGCCGUUUGUCUGCACCCGCUGUGGUCGGGCAUUCCGUUGGGAAGCUAGCUUGCGUAAGCACCGCACCCUGCACUCCCAGCACCGUCAGUAUAUCUGCCAGACCUGCGGCAAGAGCUUUAAAGUCCAGGCACAUCUCAAGCGGCACGUCAUCAUGCACGAGGAGGUCAAGCCGUUUGUCUGUCCGCACUGCGGACGACGCUUUACCGAACUCUCCAACAUGAAGGUUCAUACCCGCGUCCAUACAGGAGAAAAGCCGUACAUCUGUGAUGUCUGCAAGAAGGCCUACUCCCACAAGGUCAGCCUGAAGACGCACAAGAAGAAAGAGCAUGGAAUUGACAUGUGGCAGCUGGGAUACAUCACACAGCCAGUCAUUGAAUUUGAUGAUGAGGGUAAAGAGACUGAAUACAGUAUUGCCAGACGGUCACGUCGUCCUAGCGCCAACGCGUCUGGCAAGACCAAGAAGAAGAAGAAGGAGCCAUCAGCAUCAGCAGAGGAUGUCACUAAAGCUGAUCAAGUGGCACAGUUUGUCAGAGAGGCCAACCAGGAGAAGCAGUUGGAUCUAAACAACCGGGUGGAGAGAGAGGACAGUGAGACAUCCCAGGCUUCACAGACCUCACAGACGCCGACUACAGCUCCAGCUCAAGUCCCACCGCAACACUUUAUAGAAUCCAAGAUGCAAAUACCGCUGCAACAUGCGGCAUAUCAGCAGCAGCAGCAGCAGCAGCAGCACCAGCCUGUUCCUAUCCAGCCUCAAAUCCAACAGCAACCCCCACCAGAGGUGCAUCCUGUCCAGCACAUUCAUCCCCAGCACCUACAGAUAUCCAUCCAGCAUAACAGGCCUUACCCCCACCCCCACCCCCACUCCCACCCCGCAGAGUCCAGCCAGCAACACAUGGAUGACGACGUCGACAGCGACCCAUGCUCGCCAGAGGAGGAAGAAGAAAACCCAAGAAUGUUGCAAGCCGAACUCAUCACCAACCAGCUACGCCAUGCACAACGUUUACAACUCCCCGAAAACAACAACCUCCCUUCCCAACCAUUGCCACUGCAACUCCCUCACUCCCAAGCACUCCAGCUCGGACCACAACAACAACAACAGCAGCAACUCCCAUCACACACCCAGACGCAACCCCUGCCGCAUAUCCAGAUACCUGGCAUGCGUCAGCUUCCCCCGCAACCCCACCAAAGCAAUCAGAGGCCCCCGUUGCCAAGUUUUGAGACUGUGACCUCGCCGGACAGGCAGGGGCACCCUCAGUAUCGGCAGGGUAUGAUGAACACCAUGCCAGGCCUAGACCUGAAUGCACUGGUAGCCAGCUCCAUGCCGUACAUGUACUGGGGAUCACAGCAAUACCAAGGGGCACCAGCUUACAUCCAGAGGAGCAGUGAGGAAAAUUCAAUGGAAAGUCCGAAACAGUGAGUCUUGAGUAAUUGCACCCAGAAUGGGUUGAUCCUGAGGGACCAUUUACCAAUAGAAUAUUUAUGCAUGCUUAAUAAACAUCUUCCAAAAAUAUGACAAAUGUUUUAAAACUUUUUUCUAUGUGAGAAUUACCCUUUGCUACGGCAUUUCAUAUAUAACAUGCAUGUAUAGGAACAUGCACUUUACAUAUAUGCUCAAGCUUGACAAUAGACAAUGCACAAAAACGAAAUACAGAACAUCAAUUCUACAUGUAAUUUGACAAAUUUGGACACAAUUCUUCAAUGAAAAUCUCUAAACAAUUUAAAAUUGGCAAAAUUACUCAACUUUUCCACAAUACUUUAAACACACGGACUUUUACAUUAAAAGGGCCCAUGCAAUGUGAUUUUUUUAAUGCAAUCCUUGAAAAUGCACCUUUGUGUCCCAUUUUGAGCUCAUUUUCAAUUUUCAUGUUGCCAUUUUAAGGGUAUUUUGGUGCCUUUAUUGUUUAAUGCUUAUGCAAAUUUCCGUAUUCAUGAGCAACAGUGUGAUGUCAUUUCAGGCAGAAACCUCAAUGUUACAGCUUUUUCAACACCAAAAUUUGCCAGAAUAUUGGAUAUUUUGCUGGCGUAAAUUUUCUUCUCUUUGGUGAAAACCCCUAAACCGAACAGUGUCUUUCUGAAAUGACAUUACAGCAACAGUGCCCUCAGUUGUCCAGAAAAGCAUGGAAAUUGUUAAAUGUUGAAAGAAGUGCCCUUUUCAAUAAAAUUAACCGAAAGGGAUGUCAGGUAUUUUUCAUAUAAGAGGAGUAGAAAGUUGAACAAAAUAUGUUCCUAAGAAAAAUUCACUUCAUGGACCCUUUAAACAAUGCACAAUUUCACCUCAUUGAAAAAUUCUGGUACUUACCCUAUUAGCCAACUUCUUGUCGGAAACAUAAACUGAAGAAUUAUCAUGUCAUAUAGAGAAUUAAACAUAUCUGUAUCUUCAUGAUUCAGAUUUAUAGUGGUUAAAAAGUAUAUUCAGUAACAUUUCAGAUACAUUUGUACAGAAUAUUAAUGUCAGCUUUUUAAAAAUUGAAAUAAUAUUUAUGUAUAAAGGGAAACUUGUAAUAACAUUUCAGCACAUAUACGAUAUGGAGAUUUUAGCACCAGCGCCUCAACUUCCAUGCAUAUUUAACAGACUUUUAGAUUAAUAUAUAUAACAACCAUACUAUUUUGGAAUAACAAAUUGCUCAUUUAAAAUCAGUCCUUCAAUUAUUGCGUUUGUUGAUUUGACUUGUUUCUCAAUAAAAUGUUUGAUGCAAAUAAAAUAUAUUUCCGCCAUAACUUAAAAACCAGAUUUUAUUCAGACAGUAUUUAUAAAAUAUGGAUAUUUACAUGAGCAGAAUCGCUAACAGAUGUACAUGUACAUGUAGGUAUUUCUCAGAAAAUUCCGGAUUAGUACAGAAAUGCCUUGAACUAGUGUAACUCAACUCAGCCCUAACUUGUUGCUGGAUUCAGCAAGCUAUCUGCUGAAUACCAAAUUGAAAUUAUAAAAGAACUUUCGCCCUUUGUAUUUAAGCGUGUUAUUUUACAAAUGUACAUAGAAAUGUUCAUAUUCCCAUAUGUGUUCAAAUUAAUUAUCACAAUAAUAACUGUAACCUGUCACCACGCAAUGUAAAGUCGAUAAUUGCCAUUUUGCAGUACAGUGGGGCAAAGCCAAAAUUUGAAGGGGUGGUCGAUUCUUUGUUUUCAGGUGAACCUCGAUCUGAUAGUCCCAUUUAACCUUUCUCCAAUUAUUUUGUUCUGUCAAACAUCUUUAAAACCUAUUUUAUCCUGUUUUAUACAUUGUUUUGUAUGCCGUUUGCAGGAUUUUAAAUGCCAUUUUUCCAAGAAUCAGUUAAACUACAACUUCAAGUCAGUCGAUUACUGAACUCAGUACUCCUAAAUGUUAUAUACCAUUGGUAAGCUCUUGAUCUGCAGAAUCCAGAUAAAUAAAUAUCUCAAUUCUUAAAAAGUCCGACUUUAAGCCCAUUUUGUGAUGACAGGUCACACAUUUUGUUUACUAUAUAUUGCCAAGUACAUCAAUAUCUGAUGUUAAGGCACUUAGCAGUGCCCUAGUCAAGUCCAUUACAAGUCUAUCAAAAGUGCGGUCACAAGUAAAUCACAAUCGAUUCAUAAGUCCAGUCACAAAAAUGGCAUGAACAAUGAAUAGGAAUGUCGAUGUCACAGUUCAUUUGAACAGCUUGUGACUUGACUUGUGACGAGAAGACUUGUGAUGGACUACAAUACUCCCACAUGGUAAUAUUUUUUAAUAAUAGCCAAGUAACCAAAACCUCUCCAUUUAUACUGAGUGAUCCUCAGUACAAUCAUGUGUACCUUUAGUCAGUUGCAUUAGUAUGAGCCUUAAUUCUAUAUAUAUGCAUGCCAAAUUUUUAAUAUGCAAAUGAAUACAGUUUUAUUCCUGUACCAUGCUAGAGAUUUAUCUGAAAUUCAGAAAACCCUGUGUGCUAUUUGUUGUAAUACGGACAAAAUUAUCUCUUAUUCUUUAGUUUUGUAUGUGUAAUGUAUUCUCUUUACAACCUCCAGGGCACAAUUUCAUGGCUCCGCUUACUGUUAACGAAAAAUCCCUACUUCAGUGUAGCAGAAAAUUCCGUGCUUACGGUAAGCGUAUUUCACGGGUUAGCGAGGAAUUUGGGCUUCUGCGAAUGCGUAUAUAUAUCCCAUUAAGGAUUCUGUGCUUACAGUGUUAGCAUAUAAUUAUUCUACUGGCGCGGUUAGCACAGAAUGGUAAUGGUAAGCGCGGAAUUAUGUGGUUAGCAGAGCCAUGAAAAUGUGUCCAGCUCUGUACAAUUGUUCUUAAUUGUAAUUUACGAAGAGCUGCUAAGCAUACAAUAUUACUUAGCAAAUUUUCACACUUAGCACAAAUCAGCUGGGAACCAGUCACAUGCAGUAUCAUUUGCAUGGCAUUUUGGCUGGUAACCCGGUCAUGCUAAGCAGAUAUUUUCCCCGCUUAGUUGAUUUCUGUGCUUACCAGCUCCAUGGAAUAUGAGGGCAUGUCUUUGUUCCUACAUGAUGGGCAGUGUCACUCUGAACUUUUAUAUUUGGUACGCUGGAGUAGCUCACCCAAAUCGACUCGGGUAAAGGCAGACGGGUUAGCCACGAGAGCCUGGCUAUACAAAUCAAACGCUCAAAUGCAAGCCAUCAUGAGCCAUCAUGAGCCAUUGACAAAACACCCUUUCUGGACUGAGUCUUACUCUCAGAUUACUGCUUUUUCGUCGCCUGCAAAAAGCAACAAUGCCGGGCUGGAAUUAUAGCCUCUAAAGUACCCUUUUCGGACUGAGUUCUACUUUGAGAUCAACUGCUUUUCUGUCAAUCGCAAAAAAGUAACAAUGUUGGGCAGGAAUAUAGCCCCUAUAUUCGCAAAGAGCUCAAUAACUAUUUUAUGUUGAGACUUCACAUAAAGUUGAUUUUUGGUCCACUUGAGCUUAUCCGCUCUCGGCUGUCAUAUUUGUCCGGUUCUUGGUAUGAAUAGCACAUGCGAAUGACGCAUUUACACCACUGACUCUGCUCAGGCUUAGGGAUUAAACCAGAUAAUCCCAUUCUGGGGUUGGCAACUGUCCUUCAUGUGAACUAACCAAAUUCCAGUACCGGUAUAUGCAUUCAAAAUAGUGGUCUCUUAAAAUAGCAAUGCUUGGAGGUUCAAUAACGUGUUCGUUGUCAUGUCUUGCCAUUAAAAUGGAUCUACAUGUAUGUGGA